AUGGAGAAAGGAAAGUCAAAUACUUCUCUUAAAGGAAUGUGCAAAAUAGUUUGGACAAUCGAGGCUGAUCUGGAAGCUGGUCAGUUUUUGUACUUAACUGGAGACCUUUCAGCUCUUGGCUCCUGGGAACCAGGGAUCGCUAUACCAAUGUCUCAUACAGAACAUACAAACUUAUGGCAGGCUGAACUCGAGAUUGCUGGAGGUGUAAAUUUCAAGUAUAACUAUUUCAUAAAGAGAGAAGUGUGGCCUUCUUGUGAUAUUAUUUGGAGACCUGGACCUGAAUUGUCUUUGUCAGUACCCCUACCUGUCAAGGGUGGAAAAAUUGUGGUGAGGGACUCAUGGAUGAGGACGACGAUGUCUCCUAUUUAUCCAUGGGGCUCAUUGAUAGAAGAGACAUAUUUUCCAAUACAACCUUUAUUCUCAGCUCCAGCUAGAGGUAAAUUUCAUUUUGAUGCCUUGUAUAUUGACAUAAUAGACCCAUUGUUAAGUGAUAUUAGGAAGGAUAGUGUGUACUCCGCUGAUGACCUUACAGUGAAUCCUAGUCAGAGGGUUUCAAUUUCUAGUAGCUUGUCAACGGAAAGAUAUCAACUCGUUGAGGAGCCCUGGUUAGUUGAACCACGUAGCUUCUUUCUUGUGUCUGAGGAUAUGAAUGAGUCUGAUUUGUCAGCCAACGGCAACGUAGUAGAUGGCAUUACAAAUUUGGACGAUACGGGAAACUCUUUGACUGAAGAAAGCAAUAACCUAAUUCCCAAGGAACCUGUUUCUACCGUUAUACUGAUCAAUUCAUCUAUAUGUACUAUGCAAAGGAUAGCUCUACUGGAGCAUGGGAAACUGGUUGAGCUACUAUUGGAACCUGUUAAGAGUACUGUGCAGUGUGAUAGCGUUUAUCUAGGGGUGGUUACGAAACUUGUCCCUCAUAUGGGUGGCGCAUUUGUAAACAUAGGGAAUUCUAGACCCUCUCUAAUGGACAUCAAACACAACAGAGAGCCUUUCAUAUUCCCUCCAUUCCGAAGGACAAAGAAAACAGAAGCCAACAGUCAUAUGUUUGAAGAGCACAUGACUGCAGAUGAAAAUGAACACAUGUCACUUGAUUUCGAAAUGACUGAUGACAUCAUAGAAAUUAGCUCUCAGGACGAUUAUGUAAAAUCACUGCACAGUGAUGAUGAGGAGCAUGAAAUUGAGGAUGCAUUUGAUCUUUCAGAUGAUAAGGAACACAUGAAUGGUAGUAUACUUGAUUAUGGCAAAGGAGAAGCUGAUUAUCCUGAAGGUGAAACUAGUGCUAUUCCUGUUGCUAUAAAUGGUUCUAGUAUUUCUCAAAUGUCUCACCCACAAAAUAAGAAGAAUGAUGCAAAUACUGUCACUCAUGAAAAUAAGUGGGUGCAAGUUCAGAAGGGCACUAAAGUUGUUGUGCAAGUUGUCAAAGAAGGGUUGGGCUCAAAAGGACCCACACUGACUGCUUAUCCAAAAUUAAAGAGCAGAUUCUGGAUAUUGAUAACUCGUUGUGAUAGAAUUGGAAUCUCCAAGAAAAUCAGUGGUAUUGAGCGUACACGGUUGAAAGUCAUUGCAAAAACUCUGCAGCCUCCAGGUUUUGGUCUGACUGUAAGGACUGUUGCUGCUGGUCAUUCUUUAGAGGAACUGCAAAAAGAUCUGGAAGGUUUGGUUUCAACUUGGAAGAAUAUCACGGAGCAUGCAAAAUCUGCAGCUCUUGCUGCAGAUGAAGGAGUGGAAGGAGCCGUCCCUGUUAUUCUGCAUCGUGCAAUGGGUCAGACGCUCUCAGUUGUGCAGGAUUAUUUUAAUGAGACGGUUGAGAAAAUGGUAGUCGACUCUCCAAGGACAUAUCAUGAGGUUACCAAUUACCUUCAGGAGAUUGCCCCAAAUCUUUGUGAUCGAGUUGAGCUUUUCAGUAAAAGAAUCCCUCUUUUUGAUGAAUUUAACAUCGAAGAAGAGAUCAACAAUAUGCUCAGUAAAAGGGUUCCACUUGCUAAUGGAGGUUCUCUAGUGAUUGAGCAAACUGAGGCAUUAGUAUCUGUUGAUGUGAAUGGGGGUCAUGGGAUGUUUGGUCAAGGAACGUCACAGGAGAAAGCUAUUCUGGAAGUCAACCUUGCAGCUGCCAAACAGAUUGCAAGGGAGUUACGACUGAGAGAUAUUGGGGGCAUAAUUGUGGUAGAUUUCAUUGAUAUGGCUGAUGAAUCAAAUAAGAGAUUGGUCUACGAAGAAGCUAAGAAGGCUGUUGAGAGAGACAGGUCGAUGGUUAAAGUCUCUGAACUGUCUAGGCAUGGACUCAUGGAAAUAACAAGAAAGAGAGUACGACCUAGUGUAACAUUUAUGAUUAGUGAACCAUGUUCUUGUUGUCAUGCCACUGGGAGAGUGGAAGCCUUAGAGACCUCGUUCUCCAAAAUUGAACAAGAAAUUUCUCGAUUGCUGGCAAUGAGGGAACAGAAACCAGACCCAGAGAACCCAAAAUCUUGGCCAAAGUUCAUUCUGAGAGUUGACCAUCACAUGUGUGACUACUUAACUUCUGGGAAAAGGACCAGGCUUGCAUUGUUGAGUAGUUCCCUCAAAGCUUGGAUUUUGUUAAAGGUUGCUAGAGGUUUCACCAGGGGUGCAUUUGAGGUGAAACCAUUUACAGAUGAAAAGGCACACAAAGAUCUGCAGCAGGUCACCAUUUCGAUGAUUCGACCUAGAGAAGCCAGAAGAACUAACAAUCCUGGAAAAAAGGUGACCCUAUUUCCGGUGAAGAAAUGGAAGGGUGGUGGGAAAUGAUAGUUGCCAGGUUGAUCUGUUUUUGUUGUGUAUACA